AAAAAGAAAAAGGAACGAGAAUGUUUGAGUAAUUAUUCCUUGGUAGAACUUACGCACAUAACUGUUCUUAGCUGCAAAAAUUCUCCACUUCCUCCAGUAAGUCUCUGUCUCUCUCUAUCUAAGUACAUUAUUCAGUUUUCUGUUUGUUGAAAACUCUUCUACUUCCAUUGAAGAAGAACACAGGUUUUCAUCCUUGUAAAACUCCCUUUUUACUUCUUCUGCCCACUGUGCUGUUCUUUACUCUUGGAACUUCAGUUUAUGGCUUGAAACAUUUAGCUUAUUUAGGACAUCAGAAGAAAUGGGUUUUAUGUUUUAGCAUAUGGAACUGUAAAUAUUUCAUAGUUUAGCUUCAGUUUUUGAGUUUGUUUCACUCAUGGAAUUGAGAUGGGAUGCUCCUGUUUUUCACCCCUGGAUACCCUCAAAAUUACCUGCACUGCCACUCUUGCUCUUGCUAAUGCUACCUCUAUGUUUGUUUAGCCCAUCUCAUUGUUUUGAUCUUGACCCAGAGGACAAAGCCUCACUGUUGUCAUUCAGGUCAUCAGUUCAAGACCCUGGCCUGAGCUUAGCAACCUGGUUCGGGUCAAACUGCACAAACUGGACCGGAAUUUCUUGUGAAAACAGGACUGGUCGGGUUAUUUCUGUGAACCUGGCUAAUAUGAAUUUGUCUGGUAAAGUGCACCUUGGUUUAUGUGAACUAUCAUUUCUUGAAUACUUGAAAUUAUCUCAGAAUAACUUCAAUGGCACAAUUCCAAAAUGUUUUGGUUCAUUGGGUAGUCUUAAGACUCUUGAUCUUAGUCACAAUAUCUUUAGUGGAGUUCUACCGGAUGAUAUCAUGAGGCUUAGGCAAUUGAGAGAACUUGUGUUGAAUGGAAACCGAGAACUUGGUGGUGUUUUGCCGUGGUGGAUUGGUAACUUUUCGAGCAAUUUGGAAAAACUUGAUUUGGGCUCGAAUUCAUUUCAUGGGGAGAUGCCUGACAGCUUGUUUUACUUGAAGUCCUUGAGGCACUUGGAUCUUGGAGACAAUUGUUUAUCAGGCAAUAUUCAUGAGUUUUAUCAGUCAUUGGAGUUUCUGAAUCUCGCUUCAAAUCAGUUAUUUGGUACAUUGCCUUGUUUUUCUGCUUCUACACAGAGUCUAACUGUUCUGACAUUGGCUAACAAUUCUCUUGUGGGAGGAAUACCUACUUGUAUAGCCUCGCUGGAACUAUUGGCACAUCUUAAUCUAUCAUUUAAUCACCUGAGUUAUGGUUUAUCUCCGAGACUUGUGUUUACAGAAAAGUUGCUUGUGUUGGACUUGAGUUUCAAUGCUUUAUCAGGUCCUCUUCCAGGCAAAAUUGCAGAGGCAACAGAAAAAUCAGGCCUCGUUCUUCUGGACCUCUCUUACAAUCAGUUUUCUGGUAAAAUCCCAUUGAAGAUCACCGAGCUGAAAAGCUUGCAAGCACUAUUUCUUUCUCAUAAUCUGCUUACAGGGGCAAUUCCAGCAAGUAUUGGAAAUUUGACUUAUCUCCAAGUAAUUGAUCUGUCACACAACUCCUUAUCAGGUUCAAUUCCAUUGGAUAUUGUUGGGUGUUUUCAGUUACUUGUAUUGAUACUCAAUGACAACAAUCUUUCUGGUGAAAUUCAACCUGAGCUUGAUGCAUUAGAUAGCUUGAAGAUAUUGGAUGUCAGUCACAACAAGAUUUCUGGUGAAAUCCCACUAACCUUGGCAGGGUUAAAAUCACUAGAGAUUGUAGAUUUUAGCUCCAACAACCUCUCUGGAACACUGAAUGAUGCAAUAACCAAAUGGUCAAACCUCAAGUAUCUCUCCCUAGCUCAGAACAAAUUCAGUGGGAAUUUACCCAGCUGGCUAUUCAGUUUUGAAGCAAUCCAAAUGAUUGAUUUCUCUGGGAACAAAUUCUCAGGCUUCAUUCCAGAUGGUAACUUCAAUAUUAGCUUUCGCAAUAACAAUGGAAACAUUGAUAGAGAACCUAAAGAGCCAUUUAUUGCAAUGAGAAAUGCUGAGAUAAAAAUUUCUGCCAUGGUCAUUGAUAGUAAGGAAUUGAGUUUCAACUACAUGGUUUCUUCAACAGUUGGAAUUGACUUGUCUGAUAAUUUGUUACGGGGUGAGAUUCCAGAUGUUCUCUUUCAAGUAGAAGGAUUGGAAUAUCUAAAUUUAUCUUAUAAUAUUCUCGAUGGUCAGCUUCCAAGUUUGGAGAAAAUGCAGAACUUAAGGGUCUUGGAUUUGUCACAUAAUUCCUUAUCUGGCCAGAUCCCUGGAAAUAUCUCCACCCUUAGAAAUCUGAUACUCUUGAAUUUAUCAUAUAACAGAUUUUCUGGUUCUAUUCCUGUUAAUCAGGGAUAUCGGAGAUUCCCAGGAGCGUUUGCUGGUAAUCCGGAUUUAUGUGUGGAGUCCUCCGGUGAGGGAUGUGACAGAGCAAGCCUCCCUGCUGUACCUGGGAAGACAUUUGAAGAAGUUGAGGGACCAAUACUGGUUUGGGUGUUCUGUAUAAGUGCUUUUGUUAGUUUCUAUUUUGGUGUUGUGGCUCUCUUUUGUUCAGCUCGAGCUAGGAGUUACAUCCUACAGACAAAAGUUUAAUGCAGUGAAUGCUUUCUUCUGUACAUUUACACUUCCCUACUUUUGGGGGUCAAUGUUCUUAUUGAGAGAGAUUAAACUAAAUGCUCAACACAUUAGAAGGUAUGGCAUCUCAAAGAUCGAUUCUCUUUAUCAGCUGAUUUUUAAUGUAACCGUUCAAUAUAUGACAACUUCCGGCUAUUAAGAUUGGAUGACAUUCCAACUGCAAUCUUUUGUGAGGACACAAAAGGCAUCUGAUCUGCUUUUAUCAUCCUAGGAAGAGAAGC